AUGGAUAAAUUUUUAAUUAAGCAAUCACAUUCUAGUAGCAGGCCAUCUGUUAGUUCACAUGUAGCUCCAGAAGCUCAAAGAGAGACAAUUACACAUUCUUCUUCAAAUGUUGAUUGUAUUCUUGGGGUUGGAUCUCUCAAACGGGAUCCCGGAGAAAGAAAAUCCAUCUUUGAAUAUGAUUUUAAUAUUCGAGAUGUUGUGAGGAGACAUUACAUUUUGAUGGGGCCUUAUCAACCAAAACUUCGUGUAUAUCCUAAAACAACAUUUGGGACUAGGAAUCUGCAAUUUAAUCCUGUGUGGUUUAAUGCUCCAAAUUCUGCUUGGUUGGAAUAUAGCAUAGAUGAUGAUGCUAUAUUUUGUUUGUGUUGUUAUCUCUUCAAGAAUGAAUUUGAAAGUCGUGGCAAUGCGGAAAAAUCAUUUACACAAGAUGGAUUUAAGAAUCGGAACCAUGGUCUGGAAAGAAUUCAAUUGCAUGUUGGUGAGGUGAAUAGUAUUCAUAACAAAUGUUUGAAUAGGAUGCUUGAUUUGCGAAUCAACGUCAAUCAAUUCAAUCUUUUCUUUACAAGCAAAGUGAAAAACAAAAAGUUUCUCCUAAGAAAUGGAUUGCCAUUUCGUGGUCAUGAUGAGAGUGAAGAUUCCUAUUACAAAGGUCUUUUUCUUGAACUUGUGAAAUUUCAUGGGGUUAAUCGUCCGGAUGUGGAAAAGGUGAUAUUACAACAUGCUCCAAAAAAUGAUAUGAUGAUUUGUUCAACAAUUGAAAAAGAGAUUGUGGAUGCUUGUACUAAAGAAACAAUUAAAGCUAUCAUCAAAGACUUGGAUGGUGAUUAUUUUGGAAUACUAGUUGAUGAGUCAAAGGGCAUUUCACAGAAAGAGCAAAUGGCACUAGUUUUACGAUAUGUUAACAAAAACGGAGAGUUGAUAGAAAGCAUUUUGGAUAUUGUUCAUGUGGGUGAUACAUCCGCAAGAUAA